AUGUCUCUGCAAAGGAGAUACAUCACCGUCGACGAAGAACUUGGGAAGAAAGAUGACGAUCAUCGAGAGGGGAGGCGGUCGGCAAUGUCCAGCCCAACUACAACAAACUUUACAUGGCGAGGACCACGACGAAAAAGAAUUUUGCUGGCCAUAGCGGUCUUCUCCAUCCUAUACAUCUUCUUCAAGAACCUUCCUAAAGAUGCUGCUACGGCAACACGCCGUCAAGGGCUCAAGUCCCCCACUGUAGGAUCCUCAAGACAGGCGCCGUCAGCCCCCAAAGGCCCACCUCCUCGGUCUGACAGCUCUGUGGACGAGCGACGCUAUUUCGAGGGCCCUAUCAAAUACUACCGCCUUUCAGCUUCCUUUGGUGCCGGGCUCGGACCCGUUCAUGACAAUCGAAAUGUACUGUUUGUGGUGUCGAACCUCAAGAGCGCAUCAAGGAUAUUGCCAUUGGCAUGUGACAUGUCGAAGCAGAACAAGAACAGAAUACACUUGAUGUUGACGGGAAGGGAUGAUAUUGCAAUAGAGGAUAUUCAGAAAAUCAAUGGCGUUACCGAAGCCGACUGCUCCAUCAGGUGGCAUGAUGGAAGGCCAGACUUCUCUGUCUACUCCACGGACUAUCGAAUGGAAGUGAGUGUUCGAGCUAGCCUGGGUCACAUCACUUCUGUCAUGAAACCAAGAGUGGUAUUGGUGGAUAGUCCGGAGCGAGAAGACACAUUCUUCACUACAGGAAUAAAGGAUAAAACAAGGGACUUGGGCCUGCCAUUGAUCGAGCUACCAGUCAAUGCUGCUGAACAGCUACAAUGGAUAUCCAAGCUUGACGGAAGCUCUUUGAAAGCUUGGAACGAGAUAAAUAUCGAGAUACUCAUCCAUUCCCCACCAGAGUCUUCUGGCUCACUCAUUCGACUGCUGAGAUCGUUGGAAAGUGCAGACUACUUUGGCUUUCCCCACCCGCGACUUACGAUCGAGUUGCCAAACAAUAUGGAUCCCCCCACUUCGCAAUUCCUAUCCAGCUUCCGCUGGCCUCCUUGGUCCCACCGCGGAAACAGCAAAUUGACUCUCCGUCAUAGACUGCUGUCCAAUCACUUGGACGCCACCCAAGCCUCAAUCCGUCAACUCGAAUCCUUCUAUCCAUCUAACGUACCCCAAUCCAACGUCCUCGUCCUCUCACCUCAGGUGGAGCUCUCUCCUCUGUAUUUCCACUACCUUGUGUACACUCUUCUCGACUACAAACAUUCAAACACCGCGCUACAUACCUCGGAAGGCAUUAUGGGCAUUUCCCUCGAAAGACCCUUUACCACCCUCAGCGGCAAAGAUUCCCUCUCCAUACCCGAAGAAGCAUCAAGCAAACCUCUAUUCCGCUAUCAAGCUCCAAACAGCAACGCUGCGCUCUACUUCGGCGACAAAUGGGUAGAGUUGCAUUCGUUCCUCUCCAAUCGUUUCGCAGUCGACAAAGACCUCCACAAAGACAGCGAUGCCGCAUACCCCAUCUCACAGGCAUACCCUUCGUGGCUAAACUACGUGCUCGAACUCGCCCGCGCAAGAGGCUACACGAUGCUCUAUCCAACCCUCUCAUCCUUGGAAGCCGCGCUCGCAACAAUCCACACCGAGCUCUACCAUCCUCCAGAAGAACACAGCGACCACACCACUCCAACCAUGGCCGAAACCCCUCCCAGCAAAGAAACCCCCCUCACCGCCUCCUCGGAACCCAUCGAGAUCACCCACGGCCCCAGAUUCGAACCCCCAGUUGCCUCCGGCUCGCUCCUCCACCUCCUAAACCCAAAGCUCUCAUCAUCUGACUCCGGCGGACCUCUGCCCCAGCUGUCCGACCUCCCCAUCCUUUUAUAUACAGGCGAAUACCUCCCUCAAGGCCAGGUCUCACUGAAUCAAGCCGCGUUCAGCUACGCGGAGGACUUUUCUCGAGACCGAGGAGGCUGUAACACCGCCGGCAGUAGUGGUGGUGAGGAGGAGUCCGAGAAGAAGAAGAAGCAGCAGACGAGGCCAACGAGAAAGCCUUGGAGCGCGGAUGAUUUGUUUUGUCUUGAGGAAGGGGAGAUGGAGGGGAGCUUAGGGGUGGGGAGGAUGCCUCCUUCUACGCAGGAAACGGAGGGCGCGGCUCAAGAAGAGGAUGGAGGAGAAGAGCAUGCAGGGGGACCUGUGGACGUGGACAAGGAUGGAUGA